ACCACGCUGUGAGCCACGGAGACACUGUAGAACUAGACCAGCUUCCGGGACUCGUCCUGAGAGCUGCGACUCUUCUCGGACUCUCACGUGAAGGAGUGACUACUGUUAAUUCUAUUUAAAAUGGGUGUAAAGAAGAAGAAAGAAACUCAAGUUACUUCAUUGACCGUUUGUCAUCAGGACCUUGAAACUUUGAGAUCUUUGGCUGAUGUAGAAGGGAAGAAUCUAGCUUCUUUGUUGUUACAUUGUGUACAACUCACUGAUGGAGUGUCACAGAUCCAUUAUGUUAAACAGAUUGUGCCCUUACUGGAGAAGGCAAAUAAAAAUGGCAAGUGUGAUCCCACUAUUCGAAGUUGUUUGGAUAUUUUAGCAGGCAUUUAUCUUUCUUUGAAUCUAAAGAAUCCCUUGAAGAAAGUCUUGGCAAGCUCACUAAAUGACCUACCUGAAUUUUUUCUAACUGAGGCUACACAGAGUUUUACUUCUCGUCUUCAGGAAGAAUUGAAUACUACUACUGAUCUAUACUCUUAUAGGAAAGUUAUUGACAAUAUAUCUUCCUGUAUGGAGAACUUUGACUUGGGUAGAUCAAGUGUUAAUAAUCUUCUUGAAAAUGUGCUUCAUUAUCUACAGAAGAGUUUAAUUGAAAUCUCAGAAGAAAACAGAAAAUUGGCUGGAAAUCAUAUUGUUCAAACUCAGUUGAUGAAUGACUUGUUGGUAGGCAUUAGAGUUUCAGUGAUGUUAGUACAGAAAGUACAAGGUUUCCAGAGACUUCAUUUGAAGAGUUCUCCUACAUGGCAAAGUAUGUGUGGAUUGCUGAGUAUCUUUACCAAGUUUUUAAGUGAUGAUGACCUCUUACAGACGAUUCAGAGUACAUCUGGAUUAGCUGUUAUUCUUUUUAUUAAGGCUAUGUUUCAUCCACCUGAAAAGAUUCCUGAUUUGAUUAGUAGUUUGCUUCUCCGUUCAGUGGACCACACCAGCAUCCCCGAGUGGCUUUUGAACUGCUGCAGGAGCCUUUGUUGUGCUGAUGUCUCCCAGUCAGCUCUCUUAUUCCUGUGUCAGGGGACACUCACCAUGUUGGAUUGGCAGGAUGGGAGGAUGGGCCCCAGUGGGGAGGCCCUGCUCUUGGAUACUGUGCGUGUUCUGUUCACCUUGAGUUCACAGAUCAAGGAGUCAACUCUGGAAAUGUUUCUGUCUAGAAUUUUGGCAUCUUGGACUAAUUCAGCUAUACAAGUCCUUGAAUCAAGUUCCCCAAGCCUAAAGGACCGUCUGAAUGGGAAUUCAGACGUGGUUAGGAGACUUUUGGAAUAUGUCUAUACCCACUGGGAACAUCCAUUGGAUGCUUUGAGACACCAAACCAAAACCAUAUUCAGAAAUAUUCUCCAAAUGCACCAGCUUGCCCUGGAAGAGUCAGGUUCAGAUUUGGCUGCUGAUGGUUUCAUUUUUCAACUGACUGAGAGUCUUCUGCGAUUGGAAUGGCAUAGUAAAGGAAAGUACACAUGCCUUGGUUGUUUAGUAGAUUACAUAGGAAUUGAACAUAUUUUGGCAUUAGCUAAAACUAUUCCAUCGCAAAUCUUAGAGGUGAUGGGGGACCAGUCCUUGGUGCCUUAUGCAAGUGACCUCUUGGAAACCAUGUUUAAAAGUCAUAAGAGUUGUUUGAAAUCCCAGGCUGUUGACAGCACUUGGAUUGACAAGUGGCAUGAGACUUGGGUUUCUCCUCUCCUGUUUAUACUGUGUGAAGGAAAUCUGGAUCAAAAAUCUUACGUGAUUGAUUAUUACUUGCCAAAAUUAUUGAAUUGCAACCCUGAAAGCUUAAGCUACAUGGUAGAGAUUCUUCAGACUUCUGCUGAUGCUAAAAUUGGAUCUUAUGACAGCAGAGGGGCUCUGGGAGCUUUGAUGGCUUGUCUACGAACAGCUAGAGCUCAUGGACAUCUUCAGUCUGCAACUGAUGCCUGGAGGGACCUUGUGUCCAGUGCAAGAAUAAAGCAAGGCUUAAUUCAUCAGCACUGCCAAGUACGGAUCGAUACGUUAGGCUUGCUUUGUGAAAGUAAUCGAAGCACAGAAAUUGUUUCCACAGAAGAAAUGGAGUGCAUUCAGUUCUUUAUCACAUACAAUCUUAACAGUCAGUCUCCAGGAGUGCGGCAACAGAUUUGUUCUCUUCUUAAAAAGUUGUUUUGUAGGAUACAGGAAAGUUCUCAGGUACUUUAUAAACUGGAACAAAGUAAAUCCAAACAUGAACCAGAGAAUGAGUUAACCAGACAGCACCCUUCUGUAUCUUUACAGCAAUAUAAGAAUUUCAUGUCAUCCAUUUGCAACAGUCUUUUUGAAGCAUUAUUUCCUGGCUCUUCCUACCCAACUAGAUUUUCAGCUUUAACCAUUUUAGGCUCCAUAGCUGAAGUUUUUCCUGUGCCAGAAGGUAGAGUCCAAACAGUAUAUCAGCUGAGUCAUGAUAUUGAUGUUGGUCGUUUCCAAACGCUAAUGGAAUGUUUAACUGGCACUUUUGAAGAAGUGAAAAUUUUAGCAUUUGAUCUUCUAAUGAAGUUACCAAAAACAUUUGUACAAUUUCAGGAUUCAGAGAAGCUACAAGGCUUAUUCCAGGCAGCACUGGAGCUCAGCACAAGCACCAAACCAUAUGACUGUGUAACAGCUUCCUACCUACUGAACUUCUUAAUCUGGCAGAACGCUCUGCCGUCAUCUCUGUCUGCUUACUUAAAAACUCAGCGGGUUGCAUGUGGAGAUGGAGAUAAGUCUGCUGCUCUGGUGGAAAGUAACACAUUAAUAGUUAUUAAAUGCUUGUUGGAAAAUCUUGAGGAAGAAGUAUCUCGGGCUGAAAAUUCUCUGCUUCAGGCAGCAGCAUCGUUUCCAAUGUACGGGCGGGUCCACUGUAUAACAGGAGCUUUGCGGAAGCUAGCUCUGAACAGCCUGCAGUUGGUGAGUGAGUGGAGACCCGUGGUGGAGAAGCUCCUUGUGACGUCCUACAGGCUUUCCGCCGUGGUGUCUCCAGUUAUUCAGAGCUUCUCCCCAGAAGGCCUCAUCCCCAUGGACACUGAUGCAGAGUCAGCAAGCCGCUUGCAGACGAUUUUGAAUGAGAUUCAGCCCCGAGAUACUAAUGAUUAUUUCAAUCGAGCUAAAAUUUUGAAAGAAUGUGAUAGCUUUGAUUUGGAGGACUUGAGUGCCAGUGUACCGAAUAUUGACACUUCUGCAGAAAUCAAAGGUAAAGAAGGAAAAACAUGUGACGUAACUGCUCAGAUGGUGCUGGUAUGUUGUUGGAGAAGCAUGAAGGAAGUCGCUUUACUCUUAGGCUCCCUGUGCCAGCUUCUACCCAUGCGGUCUGUGCCAGAAUCUCCUGAUGGAUUAUUGACAGUGGAACAGGUAAAAGAAAUAGGAGAUUACUUUAAACAGCACCUUUUACAGUCCAGGCACAGAGGAGCAUUUGAACUGGCUUACACUGGCUUUGUGAAACUCACCGAAAUCCUAAACAGGUGCCCUAAUUUGAGUCUGCAGAAGCUACCGGAAGAGUGGUUAUGGAAUGUUUUAGAGGAAAUUAGAUGCAGUGAUCCUUCAUCUAAACUCUGUGCUACAAGACGCAGCGCUGGAAUUCCUUUCUACAUACAGGCAUUGUUGGCAUCUGAACCUAAGAAAGGCAAAAUGGAUUUGUUGAAAAUAACAAUGAAAGAGUUAAUCUCUUUGGCUGGACCUACAGAUGACUCACAGAGCACAGUCCCUAAGGUUCAUGCUUUAAAUAUCCUUAGAGCCUUGUUCAGAGAUACACGUCUGGGAGAAAUUAUUAUCCCUUACAUUGCCGAUGGAGCUAAGGCUGCAAUUCUGGGCUUUACAUCACCAGUCUGGGCAGUGAGAAAUUCAUCCACACUUCUCUUCAGUACGUUGAUCACAAGAAUAUUUGGAGUUAAAAGGGGAAAGGAUGAACUUUCCAAAAAAAAUAGGAUGACAGGGAGUGAAUUUUUCUCUCGUUUCCCCGAACUCUAUCCCUUUCUUCUCAAACAGUUGGAAACUGUAGCCAAUACCGUAGACAGUGAUACAGGAGAACUAAACCAUCAUCCCAGCAUGUUUCUCUUGCUUUUGGUGUUGGGGAGGCUCUACCCUUCCCCGAUGGAUGGCACCUGUUCUGCUCUCAGCAUGGCACCUUUUAUUCCCUUCAUUAUGAGAUGUGGUUGCUCACCUGUCUACCGCUCCCGUGAAAUGGCAGCUCGUGCCUUGGUCCCAUUUGUUAUGAUGGACGAAAUCCCUGAUACCAUCCGAACUCUGUUGGCCAAACUCCCCGACUGCACCGACCGGUGUUUCCGGCAAAAUCAUAUUCAUGGGACACUUCUCCAGGUUUUUCAUUUGUUACAAGCCUUCUCAGACUCCAAAUACAGAAUGAAUACAUACUUUCAGCAGGAGCUGGCUGACGUCGCUGUUUGUACUAAAGCCAAAAUCUGGCUGGCCAAGAGGCAAAAUCCAUGUUUGGUGACCAGAGCUGUGUAUAUUGAUAUUCUCUUCCUGUUGACUUGCUGUCUUGACAAACCCUCAAAAGACAACCAGCCAGUUCUGGAGCAUCUUGGCUUCUGGGAGGAAGUCAGAAGGAUCAUCUUGGAAUCGGAGUUGAUAACUGGAUUCCCCUAUACCUUCACGGUGCCAGGCCUGCCCCAGUACCUCCAGAGCCUCACCAAACUGGCCGUCGCUGCAGUGUGGGCAGUAGCGGCCCAGGCUGGAGAGCAGAUACUGAAAAUUCUCCAUUGCAUGGACCCCAGUGAGUGGCUUCCUCAGACAGAGCGCUGUGUCCAUCUAACCCCAAAGGAGUUCUUGAUCUGGACAAUGGAUAUUGCUUCCAAUGAAAGGUCUGAAAUACAAAGUGAAGCUCUGAGACUCGCCUCCAAGGUGAUUGCCCACCACAUGCAGACGUGUGAGGAGACCAGGGACUUGGUGGCCCCCAACCUGAAGCAGUGGGUUCAGUUGGUCCUCUCUUCUUGUGGAGAUCAUCUUCCCACCGAGUCCAGGCUGGCCGCUGCUGAAGUUCUCACCAGCACUGCACCAUUUUUCCUCACCAACCCCCAUCCCAUUCUUGGACUGCAAGAUACGCUUGCUCUCUGGAAACGUGUCCUCACCCUCCUGCAGAGUGAGGAGCAAGUAAUCCGAGAUGCAGCCACAGAAACCGUGAUGACUGCCAUGUCACAGGAAAACACUUGCCAGUCAACAGAAUUUGCCUUCUGCCGGGUGGACGCCUCCAUCGCACUGGAUCUGGCCCUGGCUGUGCUGUGUGACCUGCUCCAGCAGUGGGACCAGCUGGCCCCUGGACUCCCAGUCCUGCUAGGAUGGCUGUUGGGGGAGGGCGAUGACCUCACGGCCUGUGUGGAGAGCGUGCAUCAGGUGGAAGACUACCUGUUUGAAAAAACAGAAGUCAACUUUUGGGCUGAGACCCUGAUCUUCAUGAAAUACCUCUACAAGCACCUCUUCCGCCUCCUCUCCAAGUCCAGCUGGCGUCCCCUCAGCCCCGAGAGGCUCUGUCAUCUUCAGAGGACAGCGUCAGAGCAAUGCCACCUCCUUUCCCAGCUCUUCAGAGAGCUGCCACCAACUGCUGAGUUUUUGAAGACGGUGGAGUUCACAAGACUGCGCAUUCGGGAGGAAAGGGCUUUGGCUUGCCUGAGGUUACUGGCGUUUCUGGAAGGAAAGGAAGGGGAAGACACCCCAGUUCUCAGGGCUUUGGACUCUCCUGCAGCAGUGAAUCAGUUAACUCUUCCAAGAACAGAAACGGCUUGUUGAAGAAAGAAGACUUGUGGGGUUGGGGGUAGGGUGGAUUGUUCCCCCAGUCAACCUGCAGGAAAAUGUUGAACAGAAACUUAAGCGUCUUCUCCCCUUCACAACUCCCCCACUUCUGUGAGUCUAGCCUUCUGUCCUACAGAGGACUUUUUCUUCAGUUCAGUCAUUCAAGGCAGCCUCGUUUAUUGCAGCUACUGUAGGACGUGAGGCUACCACGUUGAAUAUUGACUCUGUUCCCAGGUGCAGGCCACCUGCAGGCCUGAAUUAGCCUUUUUCAUCCCCCAGGACCUCCAGUGUCCAACCAGAGCCGGCAUACAUUUUUCUCUGAAUUGACUACACAGAGUUGGGUUUUAACACAUGAUUUUCCCUCCCUUUUCUGGCUAGUUGUGGGAGCUGGAUUAGUUGGCAAACAGCCCACUUGGUCAGAAUUCCAAAUUUUAUUCGAUUUUAGCAAAGGCAGAAAUAUGUUCCAAAUGUUGAAUCCUGGGAGAAUUAAGGAUCGACUUCAUACAAAUAAUUUUGUUUUUACUGUCUGCAUGUUUAAGCCUUCAGUGACCUACACAUGCCAUCCUAAUUAUUAAAAGAGCCAUUAAGAGCUCCUACCCCCCUCUGCCCACCAUAAAAAGUAUCUGUGCUAUUGUUAGGAAAACAGAUUCACCACCCAGUGAAAUCAUAGACUCUUGGCUGUUAGAAGGAACCUGGGGAAAGGAGAGUCAGAAUAAAUGACUUAUUUGAUGCCUACACUGUUUACUGUCAUUUUCUUGGUGGCAGUAACAAGAAGAUUCUUAUUUAAGAUGCCAGAAAACUUCUAUCCAUUUCAGUGAUUUAACCUGGAAACCUUAAGGGUUUUCUGCUUUUCUAAGUCCAGCCCUCCCCUCUUUCUCAGACACCCAGCAGGUGUCGCCCUUGCAUACGUUUUGCUGCUAGUUUUGUUUUCCACUGGUUUACCAGUUUUAAUUUAUAAUUUCAGAGUUAAGUGUUACCCAAAGACAGUUAUCUUGAAAUUCAUAGCUUGGAUGGGUCAUAGCCUCAUCCACAUUCAUUUUUCAUCCUAGUUAUCUGAAAGAACCAUUUCAGUAAUGCUAUGUACACUUGGCCCAGCUUCUUAGGGUCUGUAAAUACAUUUAAAUACUUCUCAGGUGAGCAAUCAGAAUUAUUUUAUUGAUGUUUGAGGGUCUGGAGGGGCAGUUUAGACGGGAGAGGGUUUGAUAUGAUCAUUUCCUACUACAGAAAGACUUAUAUUUCAAAUAUAAUUUGUUUCUCUUUGAAAGAAAACCACCUAACACUAAAAAAUAGACCCUACUAGAAGAAUAGAGAAAGGUCUGUGUAGGAAGAAGCAAGGAAAGAAGUUAACUUAGUGUCCAAAGUUUUGCCCUAAAGAGACAGGAAAUUCCCUGGUGGUUUUGCACUACUCAGCUCGAAAUGUGUUUUCUGUGAUCCUGAAUUAAUAACCUGGUUAGGCAUCUGUGUAGCCCACACUUGAUGGAAAGUUGCCAACUGAACAUUUCUUUUUGUUCUGAGAAGACGUGGCUGGUGAGAAGUCAGGGAAUUGGCACAAUGUGGUGAUAACCAUGGUAGAGUAAUUAUGAAACCAGCUCCAGCAAAGCCCAGCUCACUGGAAAAGGCCAGCAUUCCUUUUUUCUCCAUUUAAAAUGAAAUAAAAGCAGUUACAUAAUAAUAAAAAUAUUUUCUACCAGCAGGUACUCUGUACCAAAGCAUGUACCAUAGCAUGUUUACAUGUUAGCUCCAAAGUCCUUCUACCAAGCCUGCAAAGUGGGUGUUCUCAUAGCUGUUGAGAAUUACCCCAGAUUUUGAUCUUGGCUGGUUGUAGCCAGCCUGAGAGCACAGGAGAGACAGAUGUUUCCACUGGUUUUUGUAUCUGAAAUCUUGUCACUGACCUCCAAUAGCACUGGUGAGGGAAAUUGCUGUUUCACACUUUCCUGAUGCAUUCCCAUGGGAAACUCAUAAUACCCCACUGUCAGGGCCAUCCUCAGACUCUUGUGCUGUGGUUCAUUUCAACAAAGAACGAAACAGCAUCAGGGUUCUUGGGUAUUCUAGGCUGUAAGUGUCAGCCAUGGUUGCCCAGCCUUGUCUAGGGGCCAGUAUAGGCCGGGUGGCAAAAGUGAAGCAGUCACUUCUUCUGAGGUCACUGCCCUUGGCUCCAAACUCGAGGGUCCAAGAUUUGGUGACCCCUCAGCUCUGCAUUCACGAUUCUGUAGACCUCCACCCAUCUGGCCAUACUCCAGAGGCCUGGCUUUCUCCAUUUUUAUGCUUUGUCAGUUUGUUUUAAUAAAUAAGAUGGAGUAUACUUAUCUUUUAAAAACCUUAA